GAUACAGUACAGCCUACAGCGUGACCCCGUCUCGUCUCGGCCUGUCCCCGCCGCUCACCCCCGUCUCGCUCUGUCCCCUCCUGCCCCGGCGUCGUGCAAACGCGGCUCGCAGCGGCAACCGGGCCCCUGGCUGGCGCGCGUCGGUAUAAAACGAGGCGCUCAGCAAAGGGAGUGAGCAGAUCAGCAGACUGCGCUGCGCUGCACACCGUCGUCAGAGAGUACUUUGCAAACGCCACCACGCGGGUGCUCUCUCGCUAGCUCCUCGUCGGCUCGUCUCCCGACCUGCAAUGGCGCCUACGCCGACGACGACAGAAGCGGCGGCGGAGCAGCAGCAGCAGCUCCCGAGGAAGGUGCUGGGGCUCGCGGCGCACGACGCCUCCGGCAACCUCACCCCCAUCCGCAUCUCACGAAGGAACACCGGAGACGACGAUGUGGCCAUAAAAGUGCUAUACUGCGGCAUUUGCCACUCCGACCUGCACACCAUCAAGAACGACUGGAAGAACGCCAUCUACCCUGUCGUUGCUGGGCACGAGAUAACCGGGCUGGUGACGGAGGUGGGCAAGAACGCGGAAGGUUCCUUCAAGGCCGGCGACAGGGUGGGCGUCGGGUGCAUGGUGAACAGCUGCCGGUCCUGCGAGAGCUGCGAGGAAGGGUCGGAGAACUACUGCUCCAAGGUCGUCUUCUCCUACAACUCCCUCGACAGGGACGGCACCGUCACCCGUGGCGGCUACUCGGACACUGUCGUCGUCGACGCCCGCUUCGUCGUCCGCUUCCCGGACGCCCUGCCGCUCGACGCCGGCGCGCCGCUCCUCUGCGCGGGCGCGUCCGUGUACGCGCCCAUGACGCGCCACGGCCUUGCCGCGCCCGGCAAGCACGUCGGCGUGAUCGGCCUCGGCGGGCUGGGCCACGUCGCCGUGAAGUUCGCCAGGGCGUUCGGGGCCAAGGUGACCGUGAUCAGCACGUCCCCCGGGAAGCGGGAGGAGGCGCUGGACAAGGUGGGCGCCGACGCCUUCGUGCUCAGCGGCGACCCGGCGGAGAUGAAGGCCGCUGCGGGCACCAUGCACGGCAUCAUCAACACGGCUUGCGCGGGCGGCGCGGUUUCCAUGUACCAGUACUUCGCGCUCCUUAGGCCCCAUGGCAAGAUGAUCCUCGUCGGCCUCCCCGAGAAGCCCCUGCAGGUCCCCGCCUUCGCUCUCGUCGGCGGCGGCAAGACUCUGGCCGGGAGCUUCAUCGGGAGCGUCAGGGAGACGCAAGAGAUGCUCGACUUCGCCGCCGAGCAUGGGGUGGCAGCCGAUGUCGAGGUCAUCGGCGCGGGCGAGGUGAACACGGCCAUGGAGCGCCUGGCCAAGGGCGACGUCAGGUACCGCUUCGUCAUCGACGUUGGCAACACCCUCAAGGCGGAUUGACUAAGGAGCUUGCUGGUCUCGGCUCUGUAGCGCAAUCUGGCGGCGAGAUCAGUGGCCAAAGCCAACGAUAAUAAUAUACCUCGUCCCUACUGGCGUCAAUAAAGAGUGGUAGUAUAUGAUUGUGCUCAAUCCUGUCUUAAUAUAUACAGUGAUGUAUCCUGCAGAUAUUGUGUAAUAUGGGAAGUUGGGAAUGGGUUCUCUGAGACAGUGAGAGUUGAGAUAACGAUGCAGUAUGUAACAUCUGUUCUUCGUAUAAGAUGAAACACCUUAUAAUUAAUAUAUGCCACAAAUUAAGUGUGAA